CUUGUUGGGUGGUGCGGAGGCGGCGUGGGCGGCGGAGCUGCGGCGGGGUUUGUUGUUGUCGUUUCUGCUGAUUUUUAGGAGAAUCCUGCUUUUAAAGCUGAGUUUGGGGGCGCGCGGGGGGUGGAGAUUCACUAAAUACAUCUACAGAAGCUUCAUCAGGAGAAUUCCAAUGCAGACUUUUUCCGAGUCAUGAAGGCCAAAAAGAAAGUGAACUCCACGCGGAAACCAACAGCAAAAAGGAAGGCGGGCGCUCACGCGGAUGGAGCAGACACGACGUCUCCUGACCCGACAGAGGAACGUGAGAAUGGGCAGUCUGGCGCGGUUAUGGGUGCAGAGAAGCGCCGUUUUCAGAUUUCCCAAAGCGACGGCUGCUUCCUGAAGUUCCUGAACACGGACAGGAAAGCAGCGCCGUCGUUUUGCGACGUAUCCGUCUCAGUGCACGGAACAACCUUCCCCGCCCACAAGGUGGUGCUGGCGUUCGGCAGUAGCUACUUCCACGCUAAGCUGAGUGAAAAUCCAGCGCUGGACCACAUCACCUUCGACAAUGUGGAGAGCGCCAUCUUCUCCUGCCUGCUGGACUUUCUCUACACCUCUGAGAUAGAAGUGCAGAUAAGCCAGAUCCCUGCGUUAGCGGAGGCGGCAUGCUUCUUCGACAUGAUGGAGGUGGUGAACCUCCUAGCUGGGGAGGCGGAGCCGCCGGCGGCUGCUGGGCAGCAGGAGAAUGAGGAGGGAGGAGAUGAUAAUGAUGAUGAUGAGGAGGAGGAGGAGGAAGAUGAGGAGGAGAAGGAACCUGAAACACCUCGUCUUAAAGAAAGUGUUCAGAAGCCUCAAGCAGAAACUCGAUGCUCGUUAUGCGGCCGGACGUUCCGCUAUAAGAAGUUUCUUGAUAAUCACGUGGCAAAGAUGCACAGCAAGAGCAUUCACGCUGUGGAGGAAGAAGAACGAGAAGAGGAAGAAGAUAAAGAAGAAGAAUCGGUCAGCAGAAGGAUGGUUCCUGUAGUCGGCACCCGCAAAUCAUCACGAAGUAGAAAUACAAGAUUUAAGAAGCAGGAGACAGGAAAUGGGAGCCAUGGAAGUGAGCGCAACAUCCAAACAGACGUGAACACAGAUAAAGAUCAAGAAGAAGAAGAAGAAGACGAAGAUGAGCAGCAAAGACAUGAAGGACACGCAGCCCAGACAGAAACCUUCAUUAUGGAGGAGGAGCAGGAGGAGGAAGUGGUGGACGUGAGGCUUGAAGAGCACAGGAAGGCCAGUAAAGCAGAUGGUGAUAGUGAAGCUGUUGCGCCACCUUCAGGUCCAGAGACUGAACUGAGCUUUGCAGGUGUGUCUAAAUCACCAGGUCCAGCAGAGCAGGUGAAAAGCCAUGUUUAUCCAGAGGGACUGGCGCCAGUUAUCAUCCAGAGCUCCAGCAAAAAGACCCUCAAAUGCCCCAAGUGUGACAAGACGUUCGAUCGAAUAGCAAAAUACCAGAUUCACACCAGAGUGCACACGGGAGAAAAGCCUUUCCAGUGUGAAAUCUGCCUGCAGCGUUACUCCACCAAUUCCAACCUCACUGUGCACAAGAAGAAACACGCUAGUGACGCUCCUGUGGUGAAAAAAGACCACAAGUGCCCUUUCUGCAGCAAACUUCACGCUAGCAAGAAGACUCUAAACAAACACGUCAAAAGGUUCCACCCUGACUGCGUCCAGGAGUUUUUAAGCGCGAGGAAGAGGAAGAGUGAAGGGUGGAAGUGUGAUAUCUGCCACAAGUCUUUCACUCGUCGGCCUCACCUGGAGGAGCACAUGAUCCUGCACACUCAGGACAGGCCUUUUAAAUGUGCGUACUGCGACGACUACUUCAAAUCACGCUUCGCUCGAUUAAAACACCAGGAAAAGUUUCAUCUGGGACCUUUCCCGUGUGAUAUCUGUGGAAGGCAGUUUAACGACACGGGCAAUCGAAAGAGGCACAUCGAGUGCACCCACGGAGGAAAGAGGAAGUGGACCUGCUACCUCUGCGGCAAAUCUGUCAGAGAGAGAACCACACUCAGAGAGCACCUGAGGAUCCACAGCGGGGAGAAGCCUCACCUCUGCAGCAUCUGUGGACAGAGUUUCCGCCACGGCAGCUCCUACAGGCUGCAUCUCCGUGUUCACCAUGAUGAUAAGCGAUAUGAGUGUGAGGAAUGUGGAAAAACAUUUAUUCGACAUGAUCAUCUGAAGAAACACAGGAAGAUCCACACAGGAGAGAGAGCGCACCAGUGUGAGGAGUGUGGGAAGUGUUUCAGACGUGCCGAUCACCUGGCUGUCCAUUACAAAAGCAUUCACCUGGGAGAGAAAGUCUGGCGAAAGUACAAGGCUGUUGUGCACCAGUGUGAAGUGUGUAAGAAGGAGUUCAGAGGGAAGACCAACCUCAUGACACAUUUCAGAACACAUUCAGGAGAGAAACCCCACCGCUGCGUCAUCUGCAACCAGACCUUCCGAAUUAAGAAAACUCUUACGAAGCACAUGGUCAUCCACUCGGACGUGCGUCCCUUCAACUGUCCGCACUGCAGCGCCACCUUCAAACGCAAGGACAAGCUAAAAUACCACGUAGACCACGUGCACAGUGGACGCCCUGUGAGUCAGUCCCCGUCCAGUCUCUCCACCGCCUCCAACGACAAGCUGACGGGGCCCCUGACGGCCCCCGAAACGGCCAAAGCGUACAAGAGCGUCCUGCAGGGGGACGUGUGUGUCCCCGUCACUCUGGUGCCCGUCCAGCUGCCCGAGGAGCCUGAACUGCCCCACGUCCAGGUCCAGCAGGUCCAGCAGGUCCAGCAAGUCCAGCAGGUCCAGCAGCCGGGCAGCUACCAGCCAGCCACGGACCUGGUGUUCCUGGAGAAGUACACGCUCACGCCCCAGCCGGCCAACAUCGUGCACCCGGUGCGACCAGACCAAAUGCUGGACCCCCGGGACCAGUCGUACCUCGGGACCUUGCUGGGCCUUGACACGGCAACCACCGUCCAGAGCAUGGCUGCUUCUGAGCAUGCUCAGUAGCACUUCGGAUAAAUGAACAGAUUAAUUCAUCAGUGUUGCCACUCUAUUUUAUGCUGCUCUGCAAUAUGCUCUCUCUUUUUCAGUUAUUAUUACAUUAUAUUUACAUUAUUACAACGUAAGGAUGUGUUUUUAAGCUGCAGUAUGUAUUUUACAGUAUAGAUUUGAUGGACCGCUUCAGUCAAACUUCCACCCUGGGAAAAUGGAAAUGUGAAUGAAAUGAUGUGAAAAAUGCAUUAAAUCUAAAUGCAUAACCUGUUUAAAAAA